AUGAGGCCCUUAGUAGCCUCUGGAGGAGGUACUGCAGGGCCUCCGGGGCCCCAGGGCCCCUCCUUGGCAGCUGCAGUAGCACCUGCUGGGCCGCGGCCGGCCGCUUCCUCACCAGGGGCACCCCAUUUGCCAUCCAGUGCAUCUUCAAGCGGCCGCUUAUCUUUUGGGUCUCCCCAUAUUGUCAUAUCUGCCUCUCCUUCGCCGAAUUCUUCUCCCUCUCUCUCCGCUUUGCCCAACCCCUCAAACGCAGGCAGCGCAGGGGCCCCAAGUGCCUGCAGCUCCCCGUUGCCGCCGCAACACAGGCCAGGAGCUUCUUCUGUGGGAAGGCCUUUGCAAGACUCUUCGAGAGAAGCAAAAGGGUCAUUUCCAGGGGCGCCAUCAGGGCCCCAACAGGAGGGUAGGGGUCCCUCCGAUGGAGGACCGCUGGCUGCAUAUAAAGUACCCCUCUACAAAGAUGGGUCUCUUGGUGAGGGCCUGUGGAUAGUUGCGGGGGCCCUUCCAGCCACUGUAGCUGCCAGGGGGACCCUUCUAAAGUCGGUUCGCAAGCUCGUCGAGGGCACGCGGAGGGCUAAGGGGGGCCCCAGAGGGGGCCCUCAAGCCCUCGCCGCAGCCAAGGCAGAUGCCCUCAUGAGAAGGCUUGAUGCUCUCGCUGCACAAGAAGGGGAUGCACCGAAGCGCUCAAGGGCCCCCCGCAAGUCCACAACAUCUGCUGCUGCUGCUGCUGCCACUCAGUCGCUGCAGCCCUCGGAGGGGGCAUCUUCAGGGGCUUCUGCCUCAUCUGCAACUGCAGGAGAAGAUAACCGCUCAGGCGGGGAGGGAGGUGCCCAACGGGGUCGCAAGGAUUUAGGAGCCCUUGACUUUUCUUUGGAAACCUCAGAGUCUGUUGAGGAGCCCUUGCUGUUUUCUGUGCCUCGCUUGGCUCCCUUGCAGAGGCAAAAGCGGAAAGAGGAAGCCCAGCCCAGCUUCAACUCCCAAGUUAGGCACACACUUACAGCGCAACUAUGUCAGUCGGCGAUGUGUCUCUUCGGUUCUGCGGACUCUCUCUUGGAGGAGCAGUCUAACCCUUGCUGGUCGAAGUCCCCCACUCCCCAAAGUCGCGCAGCAGAGGUGCAGCGCCUCCUCAGUCGCUCUCUGUUCAUGACAGGUCCCCCGACUUUUCUUCUUGAGCCUCCAAAGUCCCAAGAAAGCGAAUGGGCGGCCCCCCGAACCUCACCAGAAACCACUCCCGCCUUGCCUGGGGAGGCUUCCCGCGUUCCCCUCUCUGUUCUUCUUCAGCAGGAACCCUUCAGGUCCAGGCUGAGAGAAGAUGUGUAUCUGUCGGUCGGUUCUAGCUCGGAGAACCAGCAGCAGCAGCAGCCGCAGCACAAGAAGCAGCAGCAGCCUCAAACACAGCAGCAGCAACAGCAAGUAAAGCCUGCAGGCAGCACUUCAACUGCUGACGAUGGCAACAAAGGCGCAGCAGAGGCUUGCGAGAAGAAGACGGAAGCCACGGCCGCCUCGCACGCUUCAGAAAGUCCCGCAAAGCCCGACACACAGCCGACUGGCUAUGAGGCCCUCUCAAACUGGUGCUCCUCAGACGAAGACGAAAUGGGGGGCGGCCUGCCGUUUGGGGAGGCGGACAGUUACGCUGAGCUAUAUGCCCAUCGUGGAUUUUUCUCCUGGAGUCCCCCCACAGCCAGAGACCCCCUGGGCUUGGGUUUGGGGGCGUCGAAAUUGGGCAGCGGGGGCUCUCCUGGGGAGCCAUCUGGCUUGGAGGAGCAUAUGGAUUUGCUGCUGGCUGCGCCCGAAGAGCUGUCCGUUGCUGCUGCUGGUGACUGGCUGAGGAGGGCCCUGCGAGCCAGGAGACGCACAGAGAGGCGACAGAUGGCCCUCAGGGCCCUCACGCUAGAAAGAGCAGCGGCAGCUGCUGAGGGACCGUCUGUUGCAGCAGCGUUGCAGCAACUCAGACCCCAUGAGGUCAUCGAGCUCAAGAGACUGCGCCAGAUGCUGCAGCAACAACGCGCAAUGGAAACUGCCAGAAAAAGGCACAGGCUGGCGGAAGCAGAGCAACAGCAGCAACAACAGCAACAUCAACAGAAGCAAGUGCGGCAACAACAGCAACAAGAACAGCUACACCAGUCUCAGCCCCAAGAACAAGCCAAGCAACAGGAGCAAGCUCAGCAGUGGAAGGUCCCUGAUGAACAAGCACAGGUUCAGCAGCGGCACGUGGACCUCCAGAUUCAGCAGCAGAUGCAGCAACAGCAGCUUCAACGGCAGCAGCAGGAGCAGAGCUCUUCUCAAGGCAAGAACCACCUUCAGCAACAGAAGCAGCGCAUCCAGGAAGAAGAACAACAGCAACCUCAGCGUCCGCUACACCUGCAGCAGCAGACACAACAGCAGCACACGUCUCCGCAAAAUGCCUCGCAGCACCAGUUUAAGCAGCAGCAGAUACAGCAGCAGCUGCUGCAACAGCAGCAGAUAAAACCGCAGCAACUGCACCAGCAGCAGGUGAAACAGCAGCAGAUGCAGCAGCAGCAGCAACAGGAGCAUCUGCAGCAGCAGGUGCAGCAACAGCAGCUGCAGCAGCAGGUGCAGCAACAGCAGCUGCAGCAGCAGGUGCAGCAACAGCAACUGCAGCAGCAGGCGCAGCAACAGCAGCUGCAGCAGCAGGUGCAGCAACAGCAGCUGCAGCAGCAGGUGCAGAAACAGCAAUUGCAGCAGCAGCAACAACAAAAUAAGCUGCAGCAGCAGUUGCAGCAGCAGCAGUUGAAGCAGCAGCAGUUGCAACAGCAGCAGUUGCAGCAGCAGCAGUUGCAACAGCAGCAGUUGCAGCAGCAGCUGCAACAGCAACAGGUGCAGCAACAGCAGUUGCAGCAGCAGCGGAUGCAACAGCAGCAGUUGCAACAGCAACAGAUGCAGCAGCAGCAGAUGCAGCAGCAAGAGGUGCAAGAGCAGCAACAGCAGUUGCAGCAUCAGCAGAUGCAGCAACAGCAGCUGCUUUUGCAGCAGCAAAUUGCGCGGCAGCACGCGCAACAACCGCAGCACCAUUCACCGCAACAGCAACUACUGCAAGCGCCGCAGCAUCAACCAAGCCAGCAGGAGCAUCUUUUGGAGCAGCACGGUCAACAACGGCAGCAGCAACUGCAGAGCCAUUCACACCAACAGCAUUUCAUGCAGCGCGAACAGCACUUGAUGCACCACCAGCAACAGCUCUCGCAGCAGCACCAGCAGCAGCUUGUGCAGCAUCUCCUGCAGCAGCCGCAGCAACAGCAGCUGCAGCAAUAG